AUGACUUCGUAUUUGGUAUCGAGAAAGGCUCCGAUCGAGGACACCGAGAGGCAUAUCGAGGAGACCGCCCAAAUUAAAGAAAAACAUUUACAAAAGCGGGCCCUACAACUCAUAAGGGAAAAACAUCCCAACGCUUUCCCAUUUAUCGUGAAGGAAAAGUUCCACCGAGACGCUUCCCUCUUUCAUAUUCUUCACGCAGCCGCCAACUCAUUCACAGAACCAAACCCUAAGAAGACCAUGCCAUCCUCCACGGAUAAGCCAGAUCCUGCUACCACUCUUACUCUUUCCAAUGCUGAAGGAACAGUAAAGGAAAUAGAGGGAUCGCAGACCACCGGGACUAUUGUGGGCUCGGUCGCAGGGGAUAGCAGCGGUCCCGUUAACGGUAUCCAGAAGAAGAUUCGCCGAGCUGAGCGGUUCGGCGUGCCUGUCCAGUUGUCUGAGCAAGAGAAGCGUAAUUCUAGGGCCGAGAGGUUUGGCACUGCAGCCGACUCAAAGGGAUCAGAAACAUCAAAGCAAUCUGAGGAGGUGAAGAGGAAGGCUAGAGCAGAGAGGUUUGGGCUUGCUGUACCCUCUACAGCUGUUGACGAGGAAGAGAAGAAAAAAGCUCGACUAGCCCGAUUUGCACCAUAUGCCAAACCUGACACAGUGGAAGGAGAAAAGAGAAAAGCUAGGGCGAUCAGGUUUUCUAAUCCUCCUUCAAGUUCUUUAGCACAGGAGGCUCCUAUUGCUGGAAAGGCUGGUGAAGUGCUCUAAGUUGAAGUUACCGUAGUUAGAAGGUCCAAUGUCCUAACAGCAUGUGAUUCUCUUGAAGCUUCUUUACAGUGUUUUUUUCUAACAUCAAAAUUCUAAGAGCAGUAUGCCAUCUCCAUAUGAAUUUCUGAAUCAGUGGCAAGGUGUUUUUGGCAGUUUGAAAGGUGUUUUAUGGCGUCUAUUCAAUUGGUGAUACCUAUUGGAAUCAACAACCACCUGGAGUGUUAACCUAUCUUAAAUCGUUGCAAAGACUAUUAGAGAUUCUGGAGUAAUGGGCUAGAGAUUUUCUACUUUUCCGUUAGAUAAUUUAGUUGAGAAAGUAUGAAGGUGGUUAUUAGAUUUAAAAAUUGCUGAGUUUGUUUCUUAACACUGUUUUAAGUUAUAUAGUAUGAUAAAGUGUCAGACAGCCAUAGUAUUCAUAUUGAGAUUGACAUCUAUUUCCAUGGGUUAAAAUAGCAAGUGAUAUAUGCUUCUUAGGAAUUCGUGCUCUUGCUGUUUUUAAUGUGUUAAGGUUUGUAGGGGUAUUUUUUGUGUGUGUGUGGUGGGGGGGGAGGGGGUUUGGCUUUGGCUACAGGACAAAUAACAGACUUGGAUACCUUUGUUUGAUCAAACUUUGUUUUCUGUAUUUACAUUAAAAAUGAUUAGAAGUCUGCAGUCUGGGAGUUGGUAAGGAGGCUUAUCUUUAGCUAAUGAGAUUGUUUUUGUUCAAUCUUUAUCCGUCAUCUUAUAUAUUCGAGCUUGUUUUAUCUAAAAUUUGGUUAGAUAUGUGCAUGAGCAUGCAUGUUAAUUGACGCUAUAGUUUCCAGGCUUGCCUUCAUAUGCUUGCUAUGUGUGAUGACUGGCAUUUGUUCCGCUUAAUUAAAACCUUUUGAUGUUGUUAUGGAUAUGUUACAACUGCUGGUCAGCGCCUGAUCAUGAGA